CCAUGGUAACAGAAGCCAUGGUAACAGAGGCCAUGGUAACAGAGGCUCCAAAGGCCCCAGAGCCCAUGGUGACAGAGGCACCAGCACCUCCGGAUUCUCAAACGUCAGCACCCGAGGAUGCUGGGACACAGGAGGAGAUUAAACCUGAAACUGGAGACAACACCCUCCCAGAGCCUGAGAAAGAGGGAGCGAGUGAGGGAGAGAAGAGUGUGGAGCCGGCGGUCUCAGAGGAGAAAACAGAAGGGAAAGAGAUGGAGAAGAGAGAAGAAGGUACGACUCCUGUAGAACAGUCUCCAAUGUAGAGUCCUGUAGGUCAAAGUAGUGGAGAUGUGUAGAGGUCUUCAGCUCACUCUCAGACCAUCACCCUUGAUACUCAUGCUGUUGCUGGU